AUGUCAACAGGACGGCAAAUUCACGCAAACGCAGUAAAUACAGCUGGAGUGUUGCCACCUCCAUCAACACUGAAAGUUGAAAGCAAACAGCUAGCGGUCGAUCCAACCUCAGCAAUAGGUGUAUACAGGAAGUACUAUACGGACGUUUUGGGAUAUUUUAAAACUCUCCUAGAUAAUCUGGAGAAUGUGAAUUCGUCAACGAAUAAUCGACCUCAAAUCACAGUCCCCAAUAAUGUCCAGAAUUGUAGGCCGUUGGAUAAUGACCCGUGGAGCCACUCAAAAACUAUAAUGGAAGGCUACUUCCGCCGAAGUGGUGCUCGCGAUUGGGAUUGGGCCUCGUGGCACAACUAUCUCAGCUGGAUUUCGCGAACUCAUCCUGAAUGGUUUCAACUCUUCUCCGAAUGCAGUAAACAGAUGGGCAUUGAUUGGGACGUUAUGUACCAGAAAUGGCUUGCAUCCAAAUCUAAUGUUACUGAACAGGCACCAGUGUUUGACCUCUCCCGACCUCCUCCGGCCUCGACCUCUAAUCCACAACAGGCUCCACCACCUCCCAUUGCAAACCCAUUCUGCCUCACCUCUGUCCCCCCGCCCCAAGAUCCCAGGGUGUGGUGUGAGGAUUGUGACAAGUAUUUUCCCACUCAAAGAGCCUAUGACAUUCAUCUUCGUGGCGUUUGCCACAUACAGAAUGCUCUGACAAAAACCAUCACGUACAACGCAAGUGCUGUCUUGGAUAUUCCUCCCCCACAAUGGGCACCUCAGGUUCAUCCACCUCAUAUUGAAUUGGCAGCACCCCGUAAUAAACCUGUGGCGGACCUACGCCCUUCUCAGAAGCGUCAGCUACGGAUUCAGCACUUAUUGGAUAUUUGCAUUCAGCCUCUGGUUGGUCUUAACUAUGUAACGGAGUUUCAGCGCCGGGGUCUCUUGGAGUGUAUAUACAUCUGCGAUUUGUGUGAAAAGCGCGCUUUUUUACCCUCUGCUGUCAUCAAGCAUGUUUGCAGCAUUAGACACAGAAUGGCCUAUCUUAAGUAUCAUUAUCCUCCACUACACCAGUUAGUAAGCUUGGACAGGAGUCCGGAGUCGAUCAGGAAGCGGCGACUCACGUCGUAUGCACAGCAAGUGGAGUCUAAUGAGGGGCGUAAACGGCUCAGUAUCAUGGUGGAAAAGGAGAACUCAACGUUUAAGACAAGGAUUGAGCCUCUGGAGCCAGAAGAAUUGCGGGACUUCCCUUUAGCCUCCGAACAAAAUGUCAAGGCGUUGGAAACUUUGUCCACUACCAAGAUUACUGACGUGGUGUCAGCGUCAACAACCCAGCCGCGCGAACCAGAAGACAACAAUAAUAAUGGGCUUGGCGAUGACGAGAUAGAAGAGGGGGAGAUGCUUGAUUGUUCGACUUCUUCGUCUUCCUGCACGCCUGAGGAUCAGGAAGGAUUAGCUAGAAAGGGAGGAAUAAUUUCGCCUGCCUCCUCACACUUCUCUGACGAAGAUGAUGGCAAUGGUGACUACGACAAUUCAAAGCUGCCGAGCUUCUUUUCAACGGGUGUUGUGGAGUCGGGCAUCAAUCGCCAAAGUUCCAUUUUUGUUCACCUUCCCGACUUUGAAACCGGUUUCGUCAGCGAAAGACCACUUUUGCCUGACUUCACUGUUGACGAAUAUACUCACUCCCACUUUAUCGAACGUUUAAAGAAAACGGGUUUGUUGGGUUCACGAAGCCUCUCGACCUCUGAGACGUCAGAACAACAGGAUGGAACUCCAGUGGAGGUGGUUUUGACAGACUCCCAGUUAGUACGGAGCUUUGAGGAGGAGGUGCAGUGGGCUCUCCAACAGCUAGAGACCGCUGCUCAGAAGGCGAAUCCGCUUCAAUUUAGUUUCAAACCUCGUUCCAAAAUCGCCACAUCGUCCGCUCCGCUUCUUCCCGACCCACCGGCAGUGCUAUUGUCUACUUCGAAGGUGGCCAAAGUGGAGAAUGGAGAGACCGGGAAGAUAAGCGGACCAUCAAUGGAGCAAAAUAAUUCCAGAAAUCCUGAGUCCGUGAAGCGUGCUGUCAAAACCCUUCUCGGAGAUUUUGAGCCUUCUCCUCUUCAACCACUUCCAGGGUCACGCCAUGGGCAGACCAUUCCUGUUAUCAUGUCGAAUCAACCUCGCCCUCUUCUUCCACAACCUUCUCAUCCUGCUUCCGUUCCUGAUCAGGAUAAUCCUAAAGUUAGCGAGCUUGGGGACCCUCCUAAACGCUUAAAACUUGAUCAGUUGGAUGGGGUGAAAAGUCUCCUCUCUUCGCCGCUUGACGCGCUCCAGGCUCUGUUAAAGGGCAAUCUUGGUGUCUCUGCUGAGAAUCAACAACGAGAGGAGAAGGAAGUAUCUGGGUCCUCGGCUCCCAUAACUCAACCACCAACUACCCCGUCUCCUUGUCCUACUGAAAUUUUUGAUGGAUAUAGCUACUUUAGUCGCCAGGAGGAGGAGGAAACUAAAACACAAGAGCGUGUAUCCGCUGCAAAAUCACCACUUAUUAGUCAUCGUCAACGACAAAGCAUCACGAGGUCUGCUGCCACCAAUACCGCUACAACACAAGGAAGGAGUAGUAAGUUGGCCACGUUUGCGGAUAUGCUCGGUAUGAACGAGCCCCCCGCUCCGCCCCCACCGUCGCGGCAACCGCCACCACCGACCAUACCAGUGCAACCAACAGUGCCGCAAGUGUCGACAAAUGCCACCUCCGGCAUCCUCAGUACUGGUCUCGCCCCUGGUGCGUGGCUAGCGACGUCCUCGUUGUGGCAGCCUCCUGCAGUCAUACCUGCUCAGACACUGGCCCCUCAUUCCUCGUCCACCGCAGCCGCUGCUGCCUUUGCGGCAGCAACUGGAGGGUUCAAUCCUGCAGCAUUUGUGAUGCCCGCAAACGUAUUCGGCCCUAUCCUACGUCCUCCAAUGUGGAGGCCCUAG